AUCAGGCUUUAUGUUUAACAUCCGGCACUGGUUCCUGCAGCUGAUCCAGAACAACAACAACAGAACUCCUGCAGAACCUCCUGCAGAACCUGCUGCAGAACCUGCUGCAGAACCUCCGCAGGAUCCGGAUACGCAGUCAGGAUGGGCGGAGCCGUGAGCGCCGGCGAGGACAACGACGACUUGAUUGACAACCUGAAGGAGGCGUACUACAUCCGCUCGGACCUGGUGGAGCGGGCCUUCCGGGCCAUCGACCGGGCCGACUACUACCUGGACGAGUACCGCGACAACGCCUACAAGGACCUGGCCUGGCGCCAUGGCAACAUCCACCUGUCGGCCCCCUGCAUCUACUCGGAGGUGAUGGAGGCCUUGGACCUGCAGCCGGGCCUGUCCUUCCUCAACCUGGGCAGCGGGACCGGCUACCUGAGCACCAUGGUGGGCCUGAUCCUGGGGCCGCUGGGCGUGAACCACGGCAUCGAGCUGCACGCCGACGUCAUCCAGUACGCCUACCAGAAGCUGGACUCCUUCAUCAAGACCAGCGACAGCUUCGACAAGUUCGAGUUCUGCGAGCCGACCUUCGUGGAGGGGAACUGCCUGGAGAUCCCGCCGGAGAGCCGGCAGUACGAGCGGGUUUACUGCGGGGCCGGAGUCCAGAAGGAGCACGAGGACUACAUGAAGAACCUGCUGAAGGUGGGGGGCAUCCUGGUGAUGCCCCUGGAGGAGAAGCUCACCAAGAUCACCAGGACCGGAACCUCCAGCUGGGAGACCAAGAAGAUCAUCUCUGUGUCCUUCGCCCCGCUGGUGCUGCCCAAACAUGGUGGGCCGGGCCGGACCCGGACCACGCCGCUGCCCAGGUACGAGGUGCGGUCCCUGCAGGAGCUGGCCCGGGUCUGCAUCCGCCACACCCUGCGCGUGACCAGGGGCGGCGCCGGGGGGGGGCCGCCCCGGGGGCGGGGCUCCUCCUUCAGCGUGGGCCGGGGCCUGGCCGUGGCCGGCCUGCACAAGUACGGCCCCCGCUUCAAGCGCCGGCGGGUGCACCGCCGCCACUGCAACGCGCUAGUGCUGGCGACGCGGCAGGUGGUGGCUAGCAGCGGCAUUGGCGGCGCCGCAACGCCGCCGCCGCUGGACGGCAACAACAACCAGGGCCGGCCGGAGGACGAGGAGGCGGCCCGGGGGGCCCGGCGGGAGGCCCGGAGGGGGGGCCGGCGGGCCCGGAGGGGGCUGGUGGAGGAGGAGGAGGUGGUGGAGGAGGAGGAGGAGGAAGAGGAGGAGCCGGAGGAGGAAGAAGAGGAGGAGGAGGAGGAGGAGAAGGAGACGGGGGAGCUGCUGCGGCCGCCGCCCGCCGUCAACCUGCUGCGGGAGAGAAUCCUGGGCCUGCCGCUGCCCGAGCCGCUCAAGCUGUACCUGCUCUUCUACCGGGACAAGUGAGGGGGCCGGGACCUGGACCUGGACCAGGACCUGGACCCG